CCGCUGGGGGCGGUACUCCGGGUGGUUGGAAAGGCCCGCGCGCCAAACUGGGCGGUGGGACGCGGGUGCCGAGGACGCGGCCGGGAUGUCGGUGCUGAGGCCGAUGGACAAGCUGCCCGACCUGAACCGGGCCACCGUGCUGCUGGUGAGCACCGAGGAUGCGCUGCUGCAGCAACUGGCCGACGCGAUGCUCCGGGAGGACUGCGCGUCCGAGCUGAGGGUCCACUUGGCCAAGUCCCUCCCUCUGCCCUCCAACGUGAACCGGCCCCGAGUUGACCUGAUCGUGUUUGUGAUUAACCUUCACAGCAAAUACAGUCUCCAGAAUGUGGAGGAGUCUCUGCAGCAUGUGGACAGCAGCUUCUUCCUGGGGAAGGUGUGCUUCCUUGUCACCGGGGCUGGACGGGAAAGCCACUGCAGCAUUCACCGGAACACAGUUGUGAAGCUGGCCCACACGUACCGGUGCUCCCUGCUCUUCUGUGACCUGGAGGUAGAAGGCUUUCGAGCCACCAUGGCACAGCGCCUGGUGCGCAUGCUGCAGAUCUGUGCCGGCCACGUGCCAGGAGUCUCAGCACUAAACCUGCCGUCCCUGCUGAGGAGCUCCGAGGGCACCCUGCUGGAGGAGCUGUGAGCACUCCUGCCCUCCCCACGUUUGGUACCAGCUCCAUGAGCAGUCACUGUUGGUGAAGACCAGUCAAGGCCUCAAAGGCCCUGCUCCCUGCAGGCCUGUGCUCCUCUGCUCCAGCAGGGCAUGCUGGGCAGGAGUGGGGAGGGAGCCCAGCUGUUGAAACCCCAGCACCCUCCUGCUCCCCCCACACUCCCACAGAGGCCUGUGUCCUCUGUCUGAUGUGGUUCCUCUCCACCUAAGAUUUCUUUGAGACAAAGAACCAUGACUAAAAAAGCUGAAAAUCACUGGUCUCACCCACCACUUUGACUUUGCCGAUGAGGAAACUGACUCAGAACAAUUAAGGGGGCAGAGCUUGGCCUCCAGGAGCCCAGGGAGACACCACAUGCUGGCCAUACUUUUCUUACGAAACCUGGCUGUCGCUGCUGGGAUCCUGUUUCUCUGAUGUAUGUGGAGAUGGUUCUGUCAUGUUGUGAGGAUUGAAUGAAAUGACAGGUGAUGGGCCUGAGACUGCCUCACA